AUGAUUCCGCCAACUGCGAAUCUGAAUCUUGACGUCGAGGCUAUCUCGGGCAUUUGCGGUUCCAUUUCAAUUGCUUGCUGGGUCGUUGUCUUUUCUCCUCAGAUCAUUCAAAACUUCCAGCGCAGCAGUGCUGAUGCUCUCUCGAUUCAAUUCAUUAUUGUUUGGCUUCUUGGCGAUGUCUUCAACAUUCUGGGCGCUGUCCUUCAGGGCGUCCUACCGACCAUGAUCAUUCUCGCCAUCUACUACACGAUAGCCGAUAUCGUCCUUCUCGGCCAGUGCUUCUACUAUCGCGGCUUUACUUGGCGCGACGCUCCAACCCCUGCGCCGAAGCCAACCACCCCGGCCCCUGGCGAACCGAACGAGCGCACUGGUCUUAUCGCUCAUGAUGAACGUCGCGGCUCAGAUUGGUCUGGUCUAUCACCAGCCGUUCCUCAUAUCGCCGAGGAUUCUGCUCCCCAAACACCCACUGUCCUCCAGACUAUUGUCUGGAAUACCAUCAUUGUGAUGAUGGUCAUCGCCGCUGGUGUCCUUGGCUGGUUCCUUGGCCAGAAGGCUUCCUCUGGCGACAAGCACGACGACACCAAUGUUGGAGGCGGCGACGACCUCCACUUCAGCCUUUCUGGGCAGAUCUUUGGAUACCUUUGCACUGUUGCGUACAUCGCCUCCCGCCUACCCCAGCUCAUCCUGAACUGGAGGCGCAAGACGACUGAUGGACUUAGCAUGCUCUUCUUUCUCUUUGCAUGCCUUGGAAACAUUACAUACGUUCUUUCCAUCUUUGCUUACGAUCCCAAGUGCAAGCACUCCGAAUGCAAGCCCGGCGAGGCUCGUCACAUCUACGGCAAAUACAUCCUUGUAAACCUGAGCUGGCUGGCUGGCAGUCUCGUCACCCUUUUCCUCGACCUGGGUGUCUUUGCUCAGUACUUCAUGUAUAGCAAGCCGGAGGCACCUAACUCGCCUACCCGUCGACGAAUUAAUGGCAACCUCACGGAGGAGGAUGAAUACGAUGACGAUGCCAGCAUCGACGAGGACAGUUGGGACCAGCGCCCCCUGCUCCAGAGGGGCGACUCUGUCUACCAUUCGUGA